GUUCGAACAUGUCUUUAAUAUCAAAGGAUUGGAGAUACGUAUGUACGUACACGUACUAUGUACAUAGUUGAACGUAAUUCAUCAUAGUGAUGUGCUUUAUAGUAUUUGCCAGUAUGAAAUUUAGACGGUCGUAAGUUCGUACAUCAAUUAAUUUUACCGAGAAGUUAGCAAAAUUAAUGGGGAAUGAAAAAAGUGCCCUCAGCGGGCUGAAAAUUGAUGACAAACCUGUGGAAAUAACAGAUUUUUGGUCACAUUAUAUGGCCCGUGUAAAUAGUUACAACACGCAAAGGAUAUCGGUGUUUGUCAGUGAGCCAUCCUUGCAUUAUAAUGCAAAUUUUGGAAAUCCAUCACCGUUGGAGAAAUGUACAAAGAACUUGAUGUUAUACAGACAUCCUUGUAUACUGAAAUACAUUUCAUCAUGGUCAAAAGGUAGUAAAUUUUUUCUAGCUACUGAACAAGUGAAACCUUUAAUUCAAUCGAUAGAAACCCAAAAUACAUUGCAAAUAUGCAUGGGGUUGUACAAUAUUCUACGUGCAUUAGCUUUCCUUCAUGAGAAAGCAUCUGUAUCUCACAACAAUCUUUGUGAAAGUUCUAUUUAUGUCACGCCAGAGGGAUGUUGGAAGCUUGGAGGACUGGAAUGUUUGUGUAAAUUUAAGGAUUUAACUACUUCUUAUUUACAAAAAAUAAGAACUUAUAGAUACGAGAAAGCAAUAUCUUUCAACGAAGAUACCACAGCACCAACAAGUUUUACAACAAUCGACGUAUAUGCAUUUGGAAUUUUAGCUGAAAAUAUAUUGAGAUCAAAGGAUCCAGAAGAUGUUCCUAGUCUUUUAGAAUUUAAACAAUUCUGCAAAGAAAAUCUGCAAAAUUCAGAUCCUUCUCUGAGAUGUGAACUAUCCCAAAUACUUCAACAUCCAUUCUUCACCCAUGACUUUAUGAGGAUAUAUGCAUUUUUAGAUGAAUUACCAUUAAAAAAUAAUAAAGAAAAAGAAAUAUUUUUUGGAACCUUGAUAACACAAUUGAGAAUCUUUCCUGAAAAUAUUGUUGCAGAACAAUUGGGUCGUUUAUUACUUUCGAGAAUAGUUUUACUAGAUACAACUGCACAAGAACAGCUUUUACCAUUUAUUUUAAAACCAAAGGAUGGAAAUGACAAUACAGACAGUAACUUGUUUUCUAUUUCUACGUUUAAAGAUUAUUUGGUACCCAAAUUGUUGCAGAUGUUCUGCAUAAGAGACGUGUCAAUACGUUUAGUACUUUUAUCAUAUUUCAAUUCAUUUGUUCAUACGUUCCAAGUGGACGAGUUGAAAUCCCAAGUACUUCCCGAAUUACUUGUUGGAAUCAAAGACACAAACGAUUACCUUGUGUCUGCAACGCUAAGAGCGUUAGCCGACAUAGUUCCAAUCUUGGGUGCUGCGACAGUGGUUGGCGGUAAUAGAGGAAAGUUAUUUACAGAUGGACGACCAAACAAAUUGAAAGAUAUCAACAACACUAGCAAUAGCAUAAAUGUCGUUCAGUUCCCGGUUCCUAUAAGUACUAUUCAAAAAGUAAUUGAUUUACCAGAAAGACCAUCUCCUGAUGGAGGUGAAGAUAAGAAAGAGAUUGCUUCUUCAAUCAUCGACGAAGAAUACACAUGGUCUGAUUGGGAUAUACAAGAGACCGGAGACAUGCAUGUACGAGUUUCACAGUCAUCCGACCCAGUGUCUCAAUCUCAGUCCCAUUCCAAUGAUAUUUCGACUUCGGAUUCAGCAUCAAGGAUUGCUACAGAUGCGCAGUUAAACACAGAUAAAAACAAAACGAACAAAUUAAACUCAACAAAGAAGUCAGUUGCUAUUUUAUCCGAUAUUUCGGAACUUGAUAUUAAAAAUUCUAAACUGAUUGAUGCUUGUAAAGAAGAAUAUGAUUAUUUCACAGACAUGGAGCCUGUGAUAAAGAAGACACAAAUUUUGCAUGUACAACAGCCGCAAAUGUUAACGAAAAGUGUGUUUGAGAUAAAAGUGCUAAACGGAUUGGAAACGUCUGAAGAAAAUAAUGGCUGGGAAGAGGAUUUAAGUGAUUGGGGAACAGAAGAUGCUCAAGAAAUAAAAACUUAGAUAAAUAAAUAUGUUACCCUUUAUUAUAUUUUUUGUAUUUUUAAAAGAUAAAUCAGAUAAAAUCAUUUGCUUCAUUUCUUUAGGUAAGAUAAUAACAAAAUAUUUCUUACAAUUACAAUUUCAAUAUGUAAUACAAAUGUAUCGUCAUUUUUCAAAAAUUGUAUAGACAUUUUUAAUUUAGGUAAAGUAAAUUUCAUAACAAAUAAACGCGGUAUUUGAUUAAA